AUGUAUUCCUCACGAUAUUUAUCCAAAGCAUUCGAGUUCCCCCCACAGUAUUGUCUCACCAGAACUGCCCUGCGAGCCGAACGAGGCUUUCGCACCACUGCCCCGGCAGCGACUCGCGUGUCCGACCUGAUCAAGAACGAUCAUCGCGAACUGGAGGAUGCCUAUAAUCGCAUUCUAAGCGUCAAAACGAAUGAUGACAAGGAACGAUGGCAGAACCAAUUCACAUGGGAGCUCGCCCGCCAUUCCAUCGGGGAAGAGCUCGUAGUUUACCCGCGGAUGGAGAAAGUGCUCAACAAUGGCAAAGCGAUGGCGGACCAUGAUCGACAUGAACAUCAAAUAGUAAAGGAAGACCUCUACAAAUUCCAAGGACUUCAACCCGACGACCCCGAAUUCAUUCCCACACUUAAAGCCCUCUGGGCCAACUUAGCACAGCACAUCAAGGAGGAAGAAACCCAAGAACUCCCGGCUCUCGAGCAUGUUCUGAGUGAAUCCGACUCUGAUAGCAUGGCGCGCUCAUUCGGUCGCACUAAGAAGUUCAUUCCUACUCGUAGUCAUCCGGCAGCACCUGAUAAGCCCCCUUAUGAGACCGUGGCUGGGCUGAUGUCGGCCCCGAUGGAUCGCUUAGGUGAUAUGCUGCGGAAGUUCCCCGAUGAAGCAAAAUCCUAA